UUCUGCAGGUGGUGGUGUGUAGUGGACUCUGCACGUAGCUCACAAACUCUUAGGAUACCUCGGUUAUGAAGGGCUGCUGUCUGGCCCUGGCUCUCAUGCAAGGUUGAUGUUUUUUUGGUUCCUGCUGUAAAAAGAGGGACGUAGUGCGAGCUUUCCACUGAGGAGGAGACCCGGACCAUCCACCCCGAACCGGCCGCACUAUGGCACCGUCCCUUAUCCGAGCUUGCCGCAGUCUGGCUCUCUCGACGUGGCUGCUGUCGUUUUGUUUCGUGCACUUACUGUGCCUGGACUUCACGGUUGCAGAGAAAGAGGAAUGGUACACCGCUUUUGUCAACAUCACCUAUCUGGACCCCGUCACUUCGGAGGUCAGGACGGAGAAAACCGAGUGCGGUCGGUAUGGCGAGCAGUCGCCCAAGAAAGAAGCCAGAGGUCUGGUCCUGGUGCCGUCUAGUCUGCAGGACAGACAGGCGUGCGACCCAAACGUUAGGUUCCCUCCCGUCCUUCAAAACACCGCCUGGGUGGCGCUGGUGGCUGCGGGGAACUGUACAUACCGAGAAAAGAUCCGAAACGUAGCGAACUACAACGCCUCUGCAGUUGUCAUAUACAAUGUGGGCUCCAGCGGUGCAAACGACACCAUAACAAUGCCCCAUCCAGGUACAGGCGAUGUUGUGGCCAUCAUGAUCCCAGAGCCUAAAGGUCGAGAGAUUGCAGCCUUGCUGGAGCAGAAAAUCAUGGUCACGCUGUACAUCUCCAUAGGAACCCGCAACCUGCAGAAAUACGUGAGCAGAACGUCGGUAGUGUUUGUCUCCAUCUCCUUCAUCGUCCUCAUGAUCAUCUCCCUCGCCUGGCUCGUCUUCUACUACAUCCAGAGGUUCCGCUACGCUAAUGCACGAGACCGCAAUCAGAGACGUUUGGGAGAUGCUGCCAAAAAGGCCAUUAGUAAGCUGCAAGUACGUGCCAUUAAGAAAGGAGACAAGGAGACUGAGUCAGACUUUGACAACUGUGCAGUUUGCAUUGAAGGUUAUAAGCCUAAUGAUGUUGUGAGGAUUUUACCAUGCAGGCAUGUCUUCCAUAAGCACUGCGUAGACCCGUGGCUACAAGACCACAGGACGUGUCCCAUGUGUAAAAUGAACAUCCUUAAAGCCUUGGGAAUCCCACUCAACGCAGACUGUUUAGAUGACGUCCCUCCAGGCUAUGAGACAUCUGUCGACAGUGCAGCCACCAACCCCAUCAGCGGGGCGAGUGAAAUCACCGUUAACGAGAGCUCGGUGGUUCUGGAUCCAGCCGGAAGAGGGAUGGACCUACAGCAGCUCCAUCAUGAUGAAGAGACAGAGCUUCAGGCAGGAGAAAGCCACAUCAUCGCGAGGGGUGGGCACCAGCCUCCACCCAGCAGCGACUCAGACACCUCUAUCAUCAUGGACGUGGAGGUGGGCAUAGCUGAAGUAGAACUGUCCACGGAGCAAGAAUGUGAUCGGGCCAAAUCCUGAGAUGAAAAAAGCAUGAAUCACCAGGAAAAGGAGGACAAAAGCAUGACAAAGUGACCGUGGCCCCCCAGAGAUUCGCCACGUCUUUGGCCCCCUGGAGGAAGUGAGUUCACAGAAGAAGGGCAAAUGAGAAAUGCAACAUAGCAGCACUAAACCCCCCAGUUUCGUCUUCACCGAGAAGCCGAUUUGUCCCUGCGUCUGUGGACGUGAUGCUUGUUCGUUUUCUAGCAGUCACACCUCACAACUUUGUUGGUUUGACUGCUAUGCUGACCAGACAGCCAAUCACAGCUCUCACAUUGUGGUGGCCCAGUUUUUGUAACACGUAAU